CUGGGGGCCGCCCGUGCCCCGGCCUGGAGGGAAAGGGGCAGGGCCAGGAGGGAUCGGGGCUGCGCUGCACGCUGCGACCAUCGGACCCGACCCGGCAGGACCGGCCCAAGGAGGAGGCGGAGGCCGGGCACCGGAGGGGCAUCGGAGGGGCGGCGGCCUCCUCUUGGCCUCGGGGAGGAAUGCGGAACCAGCGGCGGGGCCCCUGAAGAGGGAGCGGGAUGGUGGAGCCGCCCCCCUGCCGCUCCCCGUGUCACCCCCUGUGCCACCCUCCCUGCCAACCCACCUCCCGGCCUCGACGGAACCCGGACCAGCGGCCUUGACAGGCGCAGGAGCCACGGGGGGAGGAGGAGGGGAAGAGAAAGGAGGAGGAGGAAGGGAAGAGAAAAAAGAGGAGGAGGAGGAGGAAGGGAAGAGAAAGAGGAGGAGGAAGCCGGAGCUCCCGCAUCACCCAUGGCGAAAGAGAAGAGCAAGAAGGCUUUGCAGGACCUGCUCCACAGAGCGGGCAACCAGCUGUGCGCGGACUGCGGAGCACCCAAUCCCGACUGGGCCUCCCACACCCUGGGACUGUUCAUCUGUUUGAACUGUUCGGGCAUCCACCGUAACAUCCCUCAAGUCAGCAAGGUCAAGUCCGUCCGCCUGGAUUCCUGGGAUGAUGCGCAAGUGGAGUUUAUGGCGUGCACUGGAAACAGUGCAGGAAAAGCAAUGUAUGAAUCUAAAGUGCCAUCGUUUUAUUACAAGCCAACGUUUUCCGACUGUCAACUCCUACGAGAACAGUGGAUCCGAGCCAAAUACGAGAGGAAGGAAUUCAUUUACACUGAGAAACAAGAACCGUAUUCUGCAGGUUACCGAGAAGGGUUUCUCUGGAAGCGAGGCCGGGACAACGGACAAUUCCUAAGCCGAAAGUUUGUGCUGACAGAACGUGAAGGAGCGCUGAAAUAUUUCAACAAAAAUGAUGCAAAAGAGCCCAAAGCAAUUAUGAAAAUUGAACACUUAAAUGCAACUUUCCAGCCUGCCAAGAUUGGGAACCCAAAUGGCCUCCAGAUCACUUAUUUGAAAGACAACAGCACCAGGAACAUUUUUGUGUAUCAUGAAGACAGCAAGGAAAUCGUGGAUUGGUUCAAUGCCAUCCGGGCAGCCCGCUUUCAUUAUUUACAAGUGGCAUUCCCCGGAGCCAGUGAUGUCGAUCUGGUGCCCAAACUUACCCGAAACUACCUGAAGGAAGGCUACAUGGAGAAGACAGGCCCAAAGCAAACAGAAGGCUUCAAGAAACGGUGGUUCACCAUGGAUGACAGGCGGCUCAUGUAUUUCAAAGACCCCCUGGACGCCUUUGCCAGAGGGGAAGUGUUCAUUGGCAGCAAGGAAAACAGCUACACGGUUCUGGAGGGCCUCCCCACCUCCACCCAGGGCAACCACUGGCCUCACGGCAUCACCAUCGUCACCCCCGACCGGAAGUUCCUCUUCGCCUGCGAGACUGAGAACGACCAGCAGGAGUGGAUGGCGGCGUUUCAGAAAGUCAUCAGCCGGCCGAUGCUUCCUCAGGAGUAUGCCGUGGAAGCCCAUUUCAAACAUAAACCCUAAAGAGAGACUGACCCUGUGGGACACAAGAUUCUGUUUACAACACAACAUGGUUUUAUUUUGAAGUAUGAAAAUGAGGAAAAAUAAAUCAGCCACCUAAUCAUGUUGGAAAUCAACCGAGGAGAACAGCGGAGGCAAGAGGGAAGCCCAGGGCAAGCUGCCAAGCUUAGCAGAGACCGACCGGACCCGACCGGACCCCCACCCCAGGUCCAGCCUCCAGGAGGGAGGUCGGUGCUCAGAAGAGCCCACCAUUUCCGGCGGCUCCAUUUCCACGCACAAGCAUUUUGUACGUCUCACUACAUUGGCGGAGGACUUCCGACUUACAGCCAACCCAGCCUGUUUCUGCAGGGAGCGGACGGGGAACCGGGAGCUCGAGGGGAGAGCGACUGGGGGAGAUGGGGGUUUGAAUCCCGGGUCCCACUGCUGCUUUUGAGUCUGAGCCAACCUGUCCCAGCGUCCGUCUCCAUCCGUCCUGGCCAGGCAGCGCCCACCGAGGGCCACAGCUCGGCGGGCCCCAGGGGCACGAGAAGUAUCCGGACAUCGGACGCGGCCAUGGGACGUCACCACAGCACACCUCAGACGUUGCUUUACGAGGGGAUGGAGAUUAGACUGGGUUAAAACCCAUGAGCAUCUCCCUUCUUAAAGGUCCGAGUGGACGUUGUCUGGGCAUCCUUUACACCCCUCGGGGUACCAGACUUUGCCCUCAUUUGGGGCUGCCCCACCGGGGUCCACCUGCAGGCCCCGAGGAGGGUGAGCUGGGGGCUACCCUCUUUAGCAUCAUCAUGGCCUAAUUUUUCUUGUCCUACCAGGAAACUGGAAUGCUGUCUUCCAGUUCAGGAACAGAAACAUUCUUUCCCCCCGCAACCUCUCAUCUUCCUCCACCCCCUGGUAAGAUUCGGCAAGUGGAAGGAAGGAAAAGCAACCGAGAGAUAGACCUCAAAAGUCACUCCAGAGACAGAGGAGACGAUGAUCUGAAAAUGAGGGCCGGGAGGGGGUGGCUGUCGGGGGGCAGUGGGGAAGAGCCAAUAUGGUAGGGAGUGAUUGGUGGACCUCCUGACCCAGCCAUGAGGCAAGCGAGAUAUCCUCCUUAGGAAAACAACAGAGGAGCCCAGGACACCGCCAGACUCAUCAGGAACGUGACGACUGGGACCUGGAAACGGAAUCACCCCCAGCGGGACGAUGGAAAUAGGGCACCGGACUUGGGUGGGACUUGACCGAAUCCAGAAUGGAGAAGGCAAUGCCUGAGCACACAAGGAAUCUACUGUUCCCCCCCCGGAUUGACAGCGGGGCUGGGGCUGGGCACCCCACCCCCCACCCAGGCCAGCUCCCCUGCUGGUCAACAGCCGGCCCAGCCCAGAGGCUAGGAAAUUCUUGGGCCAUGUAGCUUGCGCUCCUUCCCUUCCCUAAAAGCUUCCCCUCUUUGCUCGUGGUACCACCCGCUCCGUAAGGGACAGGGUCAGAGCAUUCAUCAUCCCUCCGCCUGGAGGCACGCCAUCCUCCCAUCGGCAAGAGAGAGGGCUGGGUCUUACGGAGGCCCUUGUGGCACCCUCACCCCAGCACUUUGCGUCCCAGGGGGUCCUCCCCACCAUGGCUUCUGGGUCCUGCAGGCUGAGUUCCCCACUGGGCAACUUCCUCUUCCUCCCUCCACCCUAGCCCCGUGCAUCCCAUCAGGAGCGGGGCGGCUUCCGUUCAGAGGUCAGUUCAGAAAAAUGGUUGGCAAAAUCCUCCCAGCAGAAGGCUAUAAGGGCAGAGCCAUCACCAUCGGCGGGGUGGACCGGUGGCCCAUCCAGCCCGGCCGGUGGCAGGUCUCCAACGAUGGCAUCGGGAUGGAAUUGUGAGAUGGUUAUCCUCGAGGGCGUCCGUCCAAAGUUAGGAGUGACCUAGCCGACACACUAAACUCGCCCCGCUGCAUCCCUAACGUUUCCUCCAGUCACCCGCUUUGCCCAGUAGGUACGCUUGCCUAGCCUGCGGCCCCCUUAUCCACUCAUAUGUCGUGCCCCAAUGGGGCACGACCGAUGGGGGCCGAGGGAGCGGGUGUGGCCCCGGGCAAGUCACCGGCAUUAGAAUCAAUUCCUUCACACGAAUUCUCGGGCCCGAAAUCUUGGAGAUGGGGCCAAGGCCCGUCUGCUGUUUUAACCUGAGAAGAGACCGCCACCAUCCCACUCUGUUCGCUCUCCAACUGACCCGAUUUACCGAGCGCUUCAGCCUCACGGCUUCCUAUGGUAAAGGAUUCCUGGUCUUUCGUAACCCCACUAGGCGAAGAACCGUCUGUUUAGUUUUGCUGGGUUUGGCCCAAGCUUGGGUCCCCCUCCCGUAGCCCCAGAACACGCAGCCCCAGAGAUAGCGGGGACGCGGUCACCGAGGUCAGAGAAGAGUGUCAAGUUGGCCACAUUCCACGGAGGAGCAGGUCCUGACCUGGCCGGGGGCGUGGCAAAGCCGCCCGUCGUUCCUCAUUACUUCCGGCCCUUUCGCCGAGCUCAUUCGUGAUUCUAACGCGCUAACCACGUCUCUUUUUCUGGGACAGUGGUGAGGGUGGGGAUGGUGGGAGAGGGGGAAGCGGUUGGGGUAUCAACAGCCCAGAUGGCCUCGAGCCGGUAACGGGGCACCUGCGGUAGAGAGAGUGAGGGGGUGCCCCGAUGUUCUGCGUCAGAGGUGAUGCGGGCAGGUGGUGUUCUAUGUCCUCUCCCCCACGGAGCCAGCGGGAUGGAGGAAGGGGCUGGCGGUUGUCAGACCUCUGCUUUUGUGCCCAUAUGAUUGGGUGCAGUCCUGAUCUUUGAAGGAAUGAAUUCUUCCAGCGAGAAGAGGAGCAGCGGUGCUAUUACUUGGUCAGACCCGUGCUCCUGCCCUCCCAGCAUCCUGGCCCCGAUGGUGGCCAUGGAAUGCCUGCAGGGGUCCCAGAUGGAGGUCUGGAUUGAAAGUUAGGGGUGCUAACUGGUUCUCCCCUAACCAUCACAAUGAUUGUCAAGGCGGGCAGCCAUCACACGGUUCCUCUAAGCAUCCCUCUAGUAUUUUCUGUCUGCACAGGUUCCUGGGGUAACCCACCCUCUAGAUUUACCACCCCCUCGGGUGAAGAUGAUUUCUUUUCUUUCUGAUUAUCCUGCCGAUUUGUUUCAGUGGUGGGGUGAAAAUAGUGCAAAAUUCUGAAAAAUAACGAUGAUGAUGGUAAUUUAUUGUUUACUGUUUGUCAAGCGCUGGGGAUAAUGAGAUUGGACUCCGUCCCUAACCCACACUGGGUGUUAAUUCUUGAGAGAGAGGGCGAGCAGGUAUUUUGUCCCCGUUGUACAGGUGGGGAAACCGACGCUCAGAGAAGGUAGGUGAGUUGCCAGCAUUAGAACCCACAUCUCCUGACUUCCAGUGCCUCGCUCGCUGCACUAGACCACGCUGAAUCUCAUAUGGAAGUGAUACCUACAGCCUCACGGCCUUGAAGAGAGUCUUCCCCACUGUUCAGUCAGUGUAGGGAGGGCCCGAGAUCGGAGAGGGUGAGGAGCUGGCCCGCGGUCAGUCACACCGGAGCCGGAGGAAAUUGUCAGCGUUGAGUCUCCCGACUCUCCACUCUGGGUUGGGUUCCGAGGCUCUGAGGUCUCGUACGCUUUCAGGGUCUUGGUGAGACUCCAUCCCAAAUAUGAAAGUCCCGAGGCCUGGGUCCUUCCAAAGGAGGGGUCUCAGGUGAGGUGGGGUGCUCUUUCCGCCCCCCGAUUGUCAGGGUGUCUCUCCCUGUGGGUUGCUGGGUUUUGCCGGCCUCCGGAAGCUUCCCCAUCCUACCCGCUCUGGAAGUUGUUGGCCAGGUGGACUCCAGGUGGCCAGGAUGGCGCUGUGCUGAGUUGGCCCUGUUCUCGCUGGUGGCCAGGUAGGCCUCGGGCCUGGGGCUGGCUUGGAGAAAACAGCUGGAGGGGGCUGAGAGUGGCAGCUCUCGAUAAUCGAGCGACACGCGGGGCUCCUCAUUGCCAGGGGCGGCCGUGGCCCCUUGACUCAGGUUGCAGGCCACUGUUCCCAAUUGGUCCUAUCACCCUCCCCAGCCCCGCCGCACCACCUCGGCCCUCUGGGGCUGUUCUUUGCCCCUGGCCCCGAACAGUGGAGCAAUUUAGCCUCAGGUCUGUCUUCACAGGAAGAGCCAAACCAGGUGGCCACCUCUAACUUCUCCCAGAGGCUCCAACAUUGGAGGCCACGGGCCCUGUGUGGAUUGAUCUUAGUUUAGGCCCUUUUGAGCGGUCAGCCCAAACUCCUUUUAUGGGGCGUUCAAAGGUCGCGGGGCCUUAUGGUUGCCAGGCUUCCUGCUGGUGAAGUGCUCUGGGUGGGCUCUGUGGGCCAGGGCGGUGCUGUGGCUUGGGGAAUAUUCUGGGCUGGGUCUCAGCCUGGUGGCUUGGAGAGUUCUGUGAGCGGUCUCAGACCCAUGGCCCGGAGAGUGUUGUGGCUUAGGAAGUGCAGUGAGUGGGGUCUCGACCCUGUGACUGGAGGAGUGUUGAAGGCAGGGCCCCGGUCCUGUGUCUAGGGGUUGCUCUGGGAGGAGACAUAGUUCAGGGUCUGGAACUGGGAUAUUUUUCCCACCUGCCACCCUUUUGAGGGGGCAGAGAGCCCCUCCUCCUCCUGCCUGCCACUCCCUGCAGCAGGCAAUGGAAAAACAUGCCCUUGACGGUGGAGUGGGCACCCAGGUGGUUGGGGUGCAGGUCCCCAUUGCCCCUUGCGUCGCUUCACACCCCUGCAUCCCAACCCCUGCUCUCCCAGCAAGACAAGGACAGUCACAGAGCCCCGGGGCUGAGGCCCAGCAAAGCUAAGGUCCGGCCCAAGGCCAGUAACCGGCUCUCUCUCUGGCAGGCCAGGAGUUAAAGGUAUUGAUUUUAUUUAUUUUUGUUCUGUGUAGUUCAAAUGGCAUAAUAGGAGGGGCGGGCUGAGUUCUCCAUCCUUUGGCAAUGGUACGUCUGGCCACCGGUGGACUCGGGGCUGUGGGAAAACCUCCUCUGGGCCCCAAAGGUGACAUGUGCCGGCACACUGAUGGGUCCCGGAUCCCACCCCGAGCCCCCGUUCACCCCCCGACACCCACACGUGCUUACACCGUCUCACCCCCUGCCGCCGAGCUCCCUGGUAGAUCUGCACAGCCGAUCGCUGACCUCUCCGGUCAUCAUCCCCCGGGUGGGAGCCAAGUGGAGUGGCAUUCAUUCAUUCAAUCGUAUUUAUUGAGCGCUUACUGUGUGCAAAGCACUCUACUAAGCGCUUGGGAGAGUACAAUAGAACAAUAAACACACAUUCCCCGCCCACAACAAGCUUACAAGUCAGCGUAUUUUGGCACAUGUUGCUGGGUGUUGAAUGGAGGGCCUUCCCCACCCCUUCCCCAAGGGCGCCUUGAGAGGGGAGAGGGACUGUACGGAGCAUGUUGGGAUUUUUAUCUAAAAAAGGAAAGCUAGUGAAACCUAUCCGUUUGAAUAACAGCGGGGGCGGGAGGGGGGCGGGGACAGAAACAGACAUUUUCCAUGUAAAAUGCAUUUCUUAGGUUGAUGUUUGUAAAUGGAAAGCCAUUCUGUGGUGCACAUGGCUUAUGUCACUGGUAAUAAAAUGUAGAACUAAAUGUCAUUCAAGCCAAUAAAUAAUGUCAGAUGAAUGCAA